UGUCGUGAAAUUGGCCGUCCACUGAAGAUGGCGGCGGAGCUGCAUCCGCGGAGCGGAAAGCUGAUCGGCCUGUCCAACUCGAACCGAACCGCCCGGAGAAAUCAGCCUGUCCAAGAGUUCAACCAUGGCCUGGUGCUAAGCAAGGAGCCACUGAGGGACCGGGAUGUCUUCACUGUCCGCAUUGACAAAAAGGUGAACUCAUGGAGCGGUUCUAUUGAGAUUGGCGUGACUGCUCUGGAUCCAGCUGCGCUGGACUUUCCUAGCAGUGCCACAGGACUGAAGGGAGGCUCGUGGAUUGUGUCUGGCUGCUCUGUGUUACGAGACGGGCGCUCUGUUUUGGAAGAGUACGGGCGGGACCUGGAUCAGUUGGCAGAAGGAGACCGUGUGGGCAUUCAGCGUAACUCUCGGGGAGAGCUACACCUCUGGGUGAACGGACAGGACUGUGGUGCAGCAGCCAGUGGACUACCGCCCAAACUCUGGGCUGUAGUGGACUUGUAUGGAAAGUGUACCCAAGUCACGGUGGUGAGCUGUGAGCCACCCCCAGCCUGCGCUGAGAGAGAGACUUUGGAACAGGAAGAGGAGGAUGAAGAGGAGGAAGAGGAGGUGGUAGUUUGUGGCACACGUGAAGACACUGGGAUCACAGCACUGAUAAAUGUGGCAGCAAUGAAUGGAUUAAUGAAUGGAGACGAAGUGCCUGAGCUUUGCUGCAGUCACAACAGACCAGACAAAUUUCCCAACAACCUUGAGCCAGAAACAGUUUUAACAGAGCACCAGCUUUUUGACGUGUUCAACAACGCCAUAGUAUCGUUUUACCGCUCGGAGGAUGAAGGUGGAGGCGAGGAUGGAGGAGGUGGAGGCGGAGGGGCCGGGGAUGGGGGAGGCGGGGGCGGCAGAGUGGGGCACACAGGUAGCGAGUCGUCCUCCAGGAAUGAGCGAGGGAGCAGCAGUGGAGGGACCACAGCAAACAGUGACAGUGGCUCUACAGGAGGAGGGGGAGGAGGAGUAGAUGGAGGGAGUGCUAAUAACAGUCCUGCGGGGAAUGGAGGGAGCGGACCUGCAGCUGUGACCGGAGGCAUGACCACGAAUGACGCACUUCUGUUUCACGAGAAAUGUGGGACUCUGAUCAAACUGAGCAACAACAACAAGACAGCAGAACGCAGAAGGCCACUGGAUGAGUUCAACAAUGGAGUCGUCAUGACCAACCGGCCACUUAGACAUAACGAGAUGUUUGAGAUACGUAUUGACAAACUGGUGGACAAAUGGUCGGGGUCCAUUGAGAUUGGGGUAACCACACACAACCCAAAUAAUCUAGACUAUCCUGCAACUAUGACUAAUCUGCGCUCAGGAACAAUCAUGAUGAGUGGCUGUGGAAUACUUACAAAUGGGAAAGGGACACGUAGGGAAUACUGUGAAUUUAGCCUCGAUGAACUUCAGGAAGGGGAUCAUAUUGGCUUAAUGCGUAAGGCCAGUGGAGCAUUGCAUUUUUACAUCAAUGGCAUAGAUCAAGGUGUUGCGGCAGCUCAAACCCCUGGUGUGGUCUAUGGUGUGGUGGACCUUUAUGGUAUGGCUGUCAAAGUCACUAUUGUCCACAACCACAACCACAGUGACCGUCUGCGCCGCAACAAUGCCAUCAUGAGAGCUUUAUCUCCAGACGUAGGCCGACCCAGACCUGCCCUGGCCCUCACUCCAGACACAGAGGCACCAGACCGACUGCUGUUUCACCCAAACUGUGGCCAGAAAGCUGCCAUCAUCAGUGACGGCCGGACAGCUUUAAGACCAUAUGCGAUUGAUGACUUCAAUCAUGGAGUGGUGCUAAGCAAUCGGCCUCUGCGCUCCAAUGAGGUGUUUCAAGUUCGUAUUGAUAAAAUGGUUGACAAGUGGGCAGGAUCUAUUGAAAUUGGGGUCACAACACAUAAUCCCGCCUACCUUCAGCUGCCCUCGACCAUGACCAACUUGCGUUCAGGGACAUGGAUGAUGACUGGUAAUGGUGUGAUGCACAAUGGGACGACAAUUUUGGAUGAAUAUGGGCACAACCUGGACAGGCUAAAAGCUGGUGACACAGUCGGUGUAGUGCGUAAAGAAGAUGGCAGCCUUCAUUUCUUUGUAAACGGAGUGCCUCAAGGCCCAGCAGCUGUACCCCCCAGUGUGUAUGCAGUGGUGGACCUCUAUGGUCAGGCAGCUCAGGCCACUAUUAUGGACGACAUGGUGGACCUCCCUCCUCUCCCAGAGGACAGCUCAGAUGGGCCCACAGCUUUGUCUCCAGGAAGCCCCUGUUCCAUUGCUGGAGCCACUACUACCAGUGACCUGCGUUUUCAUACACUUCAUGGUAAUAAUGCUGUGAUCACCAAUGGGGGACGCACCGCUCUUCGUCAGAACAGUCGGAGCGAGUUCAAUGAUGCUAUUGUCAUUUCCAACAGGUGCCUUCGUGAUGGAGAACUGUUUGAGAUUGUUAUUCAGAAGAUGGUGGACCGCUGGUCGGGUUCAAUAGAAGCUGGAGUGACAGCCAUCAGGCCAGAGGAACUGGAGUUUCCAAACACAAUGACUGAUAUAGAUUAUGACACUUGGAUGCUAAGUGGGACUGCCAUUAUGCAGGAUGGUAACACAAUGCGCAACAACUAUGGGUGUGACCUGGACUCGCUCACUACAGGCUCUCGUAUUGGGAUGAUGCGCACCGCCACUGGGGACCUUCACUAUUACAUCAAUGGGGUGGACCAGGGAGUUGCAUGCUCUGGUCUUCCUUCAGAGGUGUUUGCGGUGAUUGACUUGUACGGCCAGUGUGUUCAAGUGUCUAUUACCAGCUCUUCAGGCCCUCUGGACAAUAGUUUGUGUACCAGCAAUGUCACAGAAAACAGCUUCCCUAUCCACUACCCAGUAGCAGGUGUUGCCCAUCGGUUUCACAGUAAGCAUGGUAAAAACGUGGUGCUGCUCGGGGAGGGCUGGCAGGCCAUCAGAGUUGGAGGCUACUCACAUGGGAUUGUGUUCAGCGCGAAGGAACUAAAAACUGAUGAACUGUUUGAGGUGAGGAUAGAUGUAGUGGAUGAGCAGUGGAGUGGUUCUCUGCACAUAGGGCUGACCACACUGGCCCCUCCAGAUCUCCCCUCCUGUCCCCUCUCGGGCCUUUCGCCCUCCCUCCCUCAGCUUCGGACCAAAGUCACCUGGCUUCUGAGUGGCAAUGAAGUCAGACGCAAUGGAGUUUUACAGAGGCAAAACUAUGGCUGUUCACUGGACAGGCUCACCGUCGGAAACCGUGUUGGGGUGAAGAGGUGCAGUGAUGACACAAUGCAUAUUUUUAUUGAUGGUGAGGACAUGGGCCCAGCUGCCACUGCGGUCGCCAAGAAUGUGUAUGCGGUGUUGGACUUAUAUGGCAAGAUCACAGCCGUGUGCAUCGUCAGUUCAUCGCUCACAGAAGACGCCGAGAGUGUUAAAGCGCCAUCUUUGUCAUCAGACAGCUGCAGCGAAGGAGAAGAAGACAGCAGCCCCGUGAGAGAGGUGGAAAGUGAGUCGUGCCCAUUGGUGCCCACUGUCAUGACAUUUUUAGAGAAUCAUGGCAAAAACAUCCAGCUGACCAACCAGAGCCUGUCAGCCUCACGAGUGUCCAGCUACAACCAAGGCCUGCUCGUCACUGCACAGUCUCUGCCCCGACAGCAGCUUUUCCAGUUUCAGAUUGACCGCCUGAACCCAUCAUGGACAUCAUCUCUGUCAUUAGGGGUGAUAGGCCACGCCCCUGAUCGUCUGAACUUCCCCUCCACCGCAUGCUGCUUAAAACGAUCCACCUGGCUGCUGCAAAGGGACUCUGUCUUCCACAACUCAUUGAAGAUAUGUGAAAACUAUGGUCCAAAUCUUGACACUUGCCCAGAGGGAACAGUACUGGGCCUGCUUGUGGAUGCAAACAACUGUCUACAUCUUUAUGUCAAUGGAAUGGACCAGGGAGUGGCAGCUCAGGACAUCCCUUCACCCUGUUACCCCAUCAUUGACCUCUACGGGCAGUGUGAACAGGUUACCAUAGUAACAAACAAUGUGCCAGCUGUUGGUGGAGAGAGCGCUGAGACCCGUUUUCAGGGCGAUAUGGAGAAAGCUGACAUGGUUGAUGGAAUCAAAGAGAGUGUGUGCUGGACGCCACCUCCAGAAGUCAACCCCAAUAAAACGUGUGAAUACCAGGCUCUGUGCUCCCGAUUCAAAGACCUCCUCACUCUCCCAGAUGGCUACUUCAGUGAAGAUGCCAAGUACAAUCUGUGCUACUGUGAGUCGUGUCAUAAACUUCGGGGAGAUGAGGCAUAUUAUAAGAGAGGAGAACCUCCAAGAGACUAUGCACUGCCCUUUGGGUGGUGCCGCUUCGCCCUCAGGAUCAAAACAAACUGUGAGGCUUCAAAUGCGUUGAAAAAGUGGCACAUUGCGUACCAUGGCACUAGUGUAGGUGCUUUACGGAGAACACUGGACCAUAACCAGCUGCUGUCUGGUGCAUCAUCUGUGUUUUCAGUGUCCCCUGUUAAAACAGAGGGCCCAAAUGACUACAGUGAACCAGAUGAGAACAGUGCCCCUGGGAGAGAGGUCCCCAGGGUGCGCCUCUCCCCCACAAUGCGUUACUCUGGCUUAGAGAUCUUUGCUCCUAAAGUGCAAUUUCAAGACCCCCGCUCUCACCGUUGCCACCAGGCACAGGUGGGCUUCCAGGUGUGUGUGCGUCCUGGGUCCUACAAAGUGGGGCCUCAGACGGUGAGCCAGAGCGAGCCCCUGGACCCCCGCUUCAGUAACACAGAGAUCGAGUGGAUCACUAAAGAGCAGGGUGGGACGAUGCUCUAUGGACUUCUCAUACGAGUCGAAUGAACACAAACUACAUGAGGGACAGUUUGGUUUUAAGUAACUAACAACCAAAUCCAAGCCCUGCCUUGAGCAAAAGACUCAUCCAGCGGCCCCCUUAACAAGGGCCUUAACAAGCAUUAGUUUUUCCUACUUUUGGUUGUUUGCCCUCGGACACUUUUAGGCUGAGGCUGUGGCGGUUUGAAGACACUGCCUGCACUUUAUGUUUUGGACAUUUGUGGGCGAUUUUUUAAAAGUGAACUCAUCGACACAACAUGUUUGUUAAUCGGCUGCAGAUUAUUUUUUACUUUCACUGGUCACAGAUUUUGUCACUCACUUACAAGUUUUCACCUCCAGUGUUAUUGUUUUAAGUUCAGCUAAAAGCUCCAUCUCGAAGCUAUCCCUGCCAGUCUGCACAUCAACACUUCUGAAAUGUUAGAAAUGGACCCAGUAGUGUUUUGGAGAGUUUGACAGAAAAGAAAUGUUUACUGAAGUAUACGAUACGCUACAGACCUCGGGCUUUGUCACAUCCUUCUAGCUUGUCUCUUGAGGAAAAAACAGGUACAACUGGAAAAAGACAAUGCACCUUUUUGGGAAAGUUAACUUUGGUGUAUUAAGUUUCAGCCUUAUGUUACAAAGAUCAAUUUAAAUGUAUUUAAAAGUAGACUUGACUAGACAACAUUGUAACAUUAUAAAGGUGGUUUCCAAAUUAUUUGCCCAUAAACUUAUGUUUACAUACAUCCAGGUUUUUCAAAAUCAACCGUCAAGCCAUCAACACAACACGCUGUUUACAAGUGAAUGUUAUUUAAUUAGGGCUGCUGUUUUCUGUGCAUUUCUAAUUGGUUUACAUUUGUCAAAAAUUUUGUCUGCUUUUAUUUUAUUUUUUACAUCCACACUGACUGAUUGUAACAGCAAAAAGGUUUUCAAACUAAGUGCGUUUUUUCUUAUUUUUUUUCCAAUCCUGUUGCCAAUUUAUAAAUAAUUAUGCUACAGUACAUAAAAAGAUGCACAGUAUCUCAAGUAGCUGUGAUCCAAGUGAUGAAUCUAUGGGGUUUGACAGAGAAAAACUUCCAAUCAAAAAAUGUGAAUAUAUUUUGGGUUAUUACAGCCCAGUGCUGCUUUGUAUAAUUUUAUUUGUAGUAUUUUGUUUCUGUAUGUUGUGUUGUACAGGCUGUUACAUAUCAAAUCAUAUCUUCCUGAUUUAUAAAUAAAAUUAAAAAACAGUAUGCAAAAAAGGAAAUUUAUGCUAAUAUGACAAACAAAAACUGAAGGUUUUGGUUUCUUUAUUUUCAAAUUUUAUUUAGGAAAAACUGGUCACUGACACGUUAUUGCAGCGUUGCAUACUUGACUCAUUCACACCUUUCCAAAAUGCUGUUGACUAAUAAGGCCAAGUGUUUGUUUUAUACCACUAUUUCUGUCCUGACUUUAAAAAAACAUGUACAAAUGUAGCAGCUCCAAAUUUAACUAUGAAAAACAAAAGAGAUAUUAAAAAUAAUUAAUCUACUGCGUAA